AUGUCCGACGUGAUGACGUCGGCAGCGGCGCUUCAGAGUCCACGCCCCCAGCCGACCGCUUUACGGAGCUCAGACAGACUCAGAACCAACUUCAGGAGCAGGUUCGGACCCGCGCUCCCGGUACCGCCAACUUUCCCGCUCAGCUGGUGCUCGGAGACUCUCGGUAAAGACCGGAAACAGCGGCGGACGCGGCCGGAGCGGCGCCGUGGUUCAGGGCUUCCCGCUGGAAUCUGACCCCCCCGCCCCCAUGGAGAGCCUGCACCCCCACUGCCUGAAGUGCAUCAACCGGCGGUGCAUGGUCCGGCCGGACCCCGGGCUGUCCUGUGACCUGAUGGGCUGCCCGCUGGUCUGCGGCGCCGUCUUCCACUCCUGUAAGCUGGAGGAGCACCGGCUGCUGUGCCCGCUGGAGCGGCUGCCCUGCCUGAACAGCGGCUUUGGGUGCCCCUUCACCGUCCCCAGAGCCAAGAUGGCCCGGCACCUGGAGUCCUGCCCCGCCAGCAUCCUCUGCUGCACCAUGGAGUGGAACCGCUGGCCCGUCAGCUACGCCGACCGCAAGUCCUACGAGAACCUGAGCAAAGACUUCGACGAGGUGGAGCAGCUGGACAUGGCGCUGGCGCUGCAGGACCAGAGGAUGCUGCUGGAGUCCCUGAAGGUCGCCACCACCGUGUCGAAGAACGGCGACAAAGACGCGGCCGACGGCCAGAAAAUGACCACGGUGGGGGCGGAGCUGGGGGGCGGGGCUAUGGACGUGGAGGAGGAGCCUUACAGCGAUCUGUGCAGAUCAUCCAUGGAGACCAGCAGGAACUUGGUGGCCGCUCUGGACAUCCUGACCAACUCCGGCAACAUCGACGUGAUCGUCGCAAAUCUGAGCGGCGAGAAGGCGGACAGGAACGGCGCCGUCUGUAACGGCGACAGUCUGGGAGCCUACGACGGCGAGAAGAGCGUGGAGAUGCAGGACUCGGACUCAGACUGCGAGCUGGGCGCCGUGGGUGGGGUCGACUGUGCGGCGGGAACAGAUGAGGAGGAGCUGAUCUACUGGGAGGAUGAGAGCAGGUUCGUGGAGUUGUGUUUCGAGGAAAAGGACGCCGCCGCGGAGGAGCCGAUAGACGACGCCAGCGAGGUCUGGCCGCAGAUGCCUCCCGACUUCAUGCCCGCGGUGUCGCUGGAGGCCCCCGUCCCGCAGCCGGCCCCCCUGGUGCCGUUCCUGCUGCCCGAUCACCUGCGGAGCGACUUCCUGCAGCACCUGCCGUCCGUCUUCAGGUACCGGUACCUGGAGCAGCGGCUGCAGAACGCGGAGGUGCUGAGGGGCAUCGGGAUGUUCACGCUGAACGGGCGCCGGGCGCUGCUGUCCGACCCGUACCUGUUCCGCGCCAAGAUGGAGGACAAAGCGGUGGACACGUCGGACCUGGAGGUUCCGGACGACCCCAUGGGGCUGCACGGCAUCGACCUGAUCACCGCCGCCCUGCUCUUCUGCCUGGGCGACUCGCCGGGCGGCCGCGGCAUCUCCGACAGCAGGUUCGUGGACGGCUACCACAUCGACUUCGGCACGCAGACCUUCUCCUUCCCGUCCGCCAUCCUGGCCACCAGCACCAUGGUGGGGGACAUCGCCUCGGCCUCGGCCUGCGACCACGCCAGCCCGCAGCUGUCCAACCCCAGCCCCUUCCACACGCUGCGGCUGGACCUGGUUCUGGAAUGCGUGGCCCGGUACCAAACCAAGCAGCGCUCCAUGUUCACCUUCGUCUGCGGGCAGCUGUUCCGCCGGGACGAGUUCUCGUCGCACUUCAAGAACGUCCACGGGGACAUCCACGCCGGGCUGAACGGCUGGAUGGAGCAGCGCUGCCCGCUGGCCUACUACGGCUGCACCUACUCCCAGCGCCGCUUCUGCCCGUCCGUGCAGGGCUUCCGCAUCAUCCACGACCGCCACCUCGGCUCCUUCGGCGUGCGGCCGGGGAGCGCCCCGAGGACGCCCCGCGGCGGCGCCUCCCGGUGCGACCAGCUCAGCGACCUGCCCUUCGAGGUGCUGCAGCACGUGGCCAGCUUCCUGGACGGCUUCAGCCUGUGCCAGCUGUCCCGCGUGUCCCGGUCCAUGAGGGAGGUGUGCGCCAGCCUGCUGCAGAUGCGCGGCAUGGUCGUCCUGCUGUGGGAGAAGAGGCGGCGCGGCGACGGCUCGCCGUCAUGGCAGAUCACCAACAAGGUGUGGCGCUUCAGCACCGCCUUCGGCACCGUCGACGAGUGGAAGUUCGCCAACAUCGCCAGCAUGGCCGACCACCUGAAGACCUGCCGGUUCAACACGGUGACCCGGCGGGAGGAGGCCGUCCCGCUGCCCUGCAUGUGCUUCACCAGGGAGCUCACCAGGGAGGGGCGCUCGCUGCGCUCCGUGCUCAAACCCGUGGCGUGACGUUUAGUGGGUACAGACCAGGUCGGACCUUCGUCCUGACGUCGGCCCUCUCUGGAGGAGGGGGCGGUUCUGGUUCCACUGACAGCAGAGCGUCCACGCCGGCGUGGCGCUUUGGUUUAAACCGACCCACCUGUGAGCGCCGCCUCCACGCCGGCCGCUCUGCUGCGGUUCUCGUCCUGCCGGACCCGCUAGCACUCAUGUAGCAUCUCCCGCGGUUGGCGUGCAGGAAGCGUCCGAGCCCGUAAACCCUGCAGGUCAGGCUUCACGUGCACCCACAGCUGCUGGUAGAAGGGCCCGGUUCUUCUGGUACCUUCGGACGACUGCAUGUCCUGUCAGGAGGCGUCCCGGCGCCGUCCUGAGUGGCUUUCCUCGCAUGUGAGUUUGAAAAGGCGUUGGUGAGUGCAGCUCUUUCUGUUUGCCUCGGAUUUUAGCUCCGUCUCUGUUUUUGGAUCGGAACCAUCAGAACUUCCCAUCAGGAUUCUGGAUGAAAGUGCGGCUUUGAGCGUGUCGUUUUUAUUUUCCCUCCUGAUGUGGAGGUGAUUUCUAUCUGUUCACUUUUGGAGAAUUUUAAUAAAGAAAAUGGUUUCUAAAGCA